UGUAGGUUACUACGUACAAAAGUUGAGCACGUCUACACUCUCAUAAAAAGAAAAUAUGAUAGUCCACCACAUGAAGUCUUCUAUAUACACCAAAUCUCUCUCUCUCUCUCUCACAUGUGACAGAGGAAUUCAAGUAAUAAAUUAGAGAAAAAGGGAGGAUAAUCGAGAAAAAUGGCGGACAUCAAAGGCACUGGUAGUCGAGUCGAGGAGCCAACACUUGUACCCUUGUUGGAUCAUACAUCUUCAAACGUCGAUUUGGUUUCAAAAACUUCAGACCAGCAAGACUUCGAUCUCUCAUUUCGACACCGGUUCUUGAUUGAAUCCAAGAAGCUGUGGCACAUAGUCGGCCCCGCCAUCUUCAGCCGCAUAGCCUCCUACUCCAUGUUUGUCAUCACCCAAGCCUUCGCCGGUCAUCUUGGCGAUCUUGAGCUCGCCGCCAUCUCCAUUGCCACCAGUGUCAUCGUCGGCUUCGACUUCGGUCUUUUGUUGGGGAUGGCGAGUGCUUUAGAGACGUUAUGUGGACAAGCAUAUGGAGCGAAAAACUAUCGAAUGUUAGGAGUGUAUCUACAACGCUCAUGGAUUGUACUCUUCUUAUGUUGUAUUCUACUUCUACCGUUGUACAUCUUCGCUUCACCGGUGCUGAAACUGCUCGGACAACCGGCAGACAUAUCGGAGCUCUCCGGUAAGGUGUCUAUGAGUUUGAUACCACUCCAUUUCAGCCUUUGCUUUCAGUUCCCAUUACAAAGAUUUCUUCAGAGCCAGCUUAAGACACUUCAGCUGGGACUGGUUGGAACGGUGGUGACUCUGAACUUCUCAUGGUGGUUGAUCGUUAUAGGGUUGUUCUGUUUCUCGGUAUUCGGUGGUUGCCCGGAGACCUGGGGUGGGUUUUCCAUGGAAGCCUUUACUGGACUGUGGUCAUUUGUCAAACUCUCCGCCGCCUCCGGCGUCAUGUUGUGUUUGGAGAACUGGUACUACAGGAUACUGAUCGUGAUGACUGGGAACCUUGAAAACGCAAAAAUUGCUGUGGAUGCUUUAUCUAUAUGCAUGUCUAUUAAUGGCUUCGAACUCAUGAUCCCUCUUGGAUUCUUUGCUGGAACGGGAGUUAGGGUUGCAAACGAGUUAGGAGCAGGAAACGGGAAAGGUGCUAGAUUCGCUACCAUAGUUGCAGUUACCACAUCUGCAGUGAUAGGCCUCUUCUUUUGGCUCUUGAUCAUGUUAUUCCACAACGAGCUAGCGUUAAUAUUCACCAACAGUGAACCGGUCUUGCAUGCUGUAAGCAAGCUUUCACUUCUCUUGGCCUUUACCAUUCUUCUCAACAGUAUUCAACCCGUUCUUUCAGGUGUUGCUGUUGGUUCUGGAUGGCAGUCAUAUGUAGCGUACAUUAACUUAGGUUGCUACUAUUUGAUAGGAGUCCCGAUGGGACUUGCCAUGGGAUGGCUUUUCCAUCUCGGUGUCAUGGGUAUUUGGGCUGGAAUGAUUUUCGGAGGAACCGCGUUUCAAACGGUUGUAUUGGCUAUUAUUACAAGCCGUUGUGAUUGGGAAAAGGAGGCACAGAGAGCAAGUAUGCAUAUUAAGAAAUGGGCAGUUGUGCAUUGAUCAUGACAAGUUGAUAUCUCAAUUGGUUCACAAAAAAUUGGUACCAAUAACGUCUUUCUUUGUUAUUAUAUUUUUGGCAUUGCAAAAAGGAAAUGUAAUUAAAGUAAUUCAUUAGAAAUUUUGCACCGAAAAUUUGUUAGGUUGUUCGGUUUUACCAUUUCCUUUGAUCUAUAUGUGACAAUACCAGAAUUCCAUAAGUAUUAGGUUUGAUCCUGUCAUUGUAAGAAAUUAUCAAAAUUUGGUUAAAUAUGUUAGAAAUUGGGGGCUGCAAAAGAGGACGUUGAUAAUUUAAAUAAAACCUAGAU